AUGGGGGAAGGAGCCAUGAGCACAGAGGGCCCCAGUCCCCUCACAACUGGCACUCCGGGGAGCCCUGUGGAGGCAGCGGCCCCCCUGCCCGUGCUCAUUGCCUUGGCCUGCAUCUUCCUCCUGCUGGCCUCCUGUCUGCUGUUCAUGACCCUCUGCAAGCCGGCUGCACUGGACCCCAGCCGCCAGGCUCGAGAGCGCAUGCCCCACCACCCCGGGAGCCCCAGCGAGCCCCAGCUCCGGCUCUGGACGCGCCUGGGCUCCCUGCGCCGCUCCCUGCACAGCUUCCGGCGUGGCCGGCCCGCACCGCCACGCUCCCUGCCGGACCACGAUAACAGCCAUGGCUGGGACUGCACGGAAUCUACCAAGGUAUGA